GAUUCUCCGCUGUCUUUCUUGACCAUCUUUUCUUGAUCAUUGACCUGUCCUGUGGUCUUUUCGUAUCGCUCCUAGCAGCCGAUAAUCUUUCACCGUGUAUAUUCUGCUACCGUCCUCGGAGGAUGCUUCUACGUUCCCGUCUUACUCGUACGGCGAUGGCCGCAACGAUUGAGGAGCAGUACGCCUCUCACGCCAGUAACAUCAAAGGUGCAGACAAGAAGACGCGCUGCCGCACCUCGCUGCAGGUAUCCCUGUCGGCUGACAAGUCUGGUGAGCUGUGCGACCUGCUCGGCAUCUUCAAGCCGCAUGGCAUCAACAUCAGCCAGGUGGCGAACCGCCCGCGCCCCUACGAGAACACGGCACCCUUCCGCACCAUCUUUCUUGAUGUGGACGCCUACAUUGAGGAUGACCGCAUGAAGCAGGUGAUGUCGCAGUUGCAGAAGAUUUCGCCGAACGUGGCGGUGGCCGGGUCGUGGGUGAUUCCAUGGUACCCAUCGGAGCCGAGGGACCUGGAUGAUCUGGAUCAGAGCACGAUGGCUGCCGGCGAGGAGCUGCAGGAUGACCCGGAGAAUCCACACCCGGGCUUCCACGAUGAGGUCUACCGCGCCCGCCGUCGCGAGAUUGUCGGGAAGGCGAAGAACUUCAAGACGGGUGACCCCAUCCCGGUGGUGGACUACACGGAGGAGGAAAACCGCGUGUGGACGACCGUGUACGACCACCUCACGAAGCUAUACCCCACCCACGCCUGCGAGCAGUACAACUACGUCUUCCCGCUGCUGCUGGAGAACGGCGUCCUUGGCCGCACCCGCAUGCCGCAGCUGCGCGACGUGAGCGAGUUCUUGAAUGAGGCGACCGGCUUCACCGUCCGCCCGGUCGCGGGUCUGCUGACCUCGCGAGACUUUCUCAACGCCCUUGCCUUCCGUGUCUUCUUCAGCACGCAGUACAUCCGCCACUCCGCCCAGCCCUUGUACACGCCGGAGCCGGACAUGGUGCACGACAUAAUCGGCCACCUGCCACUGCUGUCCGACCCCGACUUCGCCAAGUUCACGCAAACGAUCGGCCUCGCCUCCCUCGGCGCGGACGACGUGCUGCUGGACAAGCUUGCGAAGGUGUACUGGUACACGGUGGAGUUCGGCCUGUGCAACGAGGGUGGCCGCCGCAAGGUCUACGGCGCCGGUGUCCUCUCCAGCUCCGCCGAGCUCGAGUACUCGCUGAGCGGCAAACCCGAGUACCUCCCGUGGGACCCGGCGGUGGCGUCCACCACGCCCUUUCCCAUCACCAAGUUCCAGCCGCGUUACUUCGUGGCAGACAGCUUCCCUGACGCACAGCGGAAGCUGGAGGAGUGGCUGGCGGUCCAGGAUAAGCCGAUCUUCACUGUGUACAAUUCGUACUCGCGCCGCGUGCAGUCGUACCCGAGGAACACGUGGCACAUGCUGCAGGAGCAGAUAAAGCUCACGAACUUCACCUUUUAA